GUGCAAGUGUUCAAACCACGAUGAGGUUUCAGUUUCCGUUGAUAAUUUUGACGCUAUUUGUCAGCCAAUGUUUAUCGGAGAAUGUACCCACAGCAGCCCCAGCGGGGCUUAGGUGCACGCGACCAAAAUCAUCGAUAUGUACCCUGCAAAACGUCAUCUACAAAGAUUUCCGUUUACCAACUUUACCGAAUCUCGACGAUAAACGCACAAUUCAAAUACGCAGUGGAAAUAUUCCACGAUUUUCAAAGGAGCUAUCACAAAAAUUUGCCAAUGCUAGCACGGUCCAAUUGGGGCAUUUGCAAAUUCAAUCGCUUUGGUUGGGUCCAAAAGUCAAACACCUUAGCGCUGCAGGAAACUUAAUACAGUCCCUGUCAGUUGAUGAACUAGCAAAAAAUGAUGACGACGAAACGAUAGUAGUUGAAUUUCAGAUGGAAAGCCUAAAUUUGGAGAACAACAAACUAAGUAAUAUUCGGGAAUUGAAAAACUUUUCUUCUCUAGUGGAUCUUCGUUUGGACGGAAAUCAGCUGGAGUUUGUUGAAAUGGAAAUAUUUUCCAACAUGAAAAAAUUGAAGAAGUUGUCGCUCGCGCGGAACCGGAUGAGUAAGGUGAGUGCCGGUGAACUAAUUGAACUACCAACCCUUGGAUGGUUGUCAUUUGCACACAAUAAUCUCACUUCGAUGGGUGUGAAAAAUUGGGCAAUGACACACUUGACGGAGCUGUAUUUAAGUCACAACCAGUUGGUAAGUUUGGAUGUGGAAAAUUUCGAUCAGUUCCUCAGUUUGGAAAAGCUAGCACUAGCCGGUAACUCCUGGAGCUGUUACUGGUUGAGUAAAGCACUGAAAUUGAUUGGUAAAAGAUAUAUUACCUUGGUGGAUCAUGAUUCGACUUGUGAAGCCAUGCUAAUGGAUGGUGUUUGUUGCGCCAUGAGCAUGACCGUGAGUUCGGAUGACUAUCCAAGUUUCACCGAUUUGGCUGAAAGGAUUACAGAAUUUGGAAAUGCUCAGGAUAUGGCGUUUAGUGAAUUGGAACGCAAGCUAAGCGAGGUCAACCAGAUGUGGACGGAGGAAUGGAAUAUUUUGAAUGAAACAGUUUCCAAAAGGGAGGACUACUGGAAGAAGCUGACUGACCCAAACGAUGAUAACCGGGUUACGGAAACAGACCUCUCGCAGUUGGGUACUUUGAUUCGAGAGUUAGAAAAUGCAUCGAACAGUUUGCAAAGUUUAGGAGAAGAGCAUGGUAGAUUUGCUGAACAUUUUACCAGACUACGUUACUCUACAAUGGAACAAAAGAACAAAUUGCUAGCACAAGGAAAACCAAUUUCGGAUUUGAAAAACACUUUGGAAAAGUUUAAAGAGAGUUUUGAUGCUAAUUUCAUGUCUACUUAAUAAAGUGAAGU